AUGCAUAUCAGUAAACAAACAAAUAGACAAGGACGGACUUUGGAGAAGUCACUUGGUGAUCUGGUCACUGAGCCUUCUGUUGUCAAACUGAGGCUGGAGACGUCACAAAGUGGUCUGGUCACUGAGCCUUCUGUUGCCAUACUGAGGCUGGAGACGUCACAUGGUGAUCUGGUCACUGAGCCUUCUGUUGCCAUACUGAGGCUGGAGACGUCACAUGGUGAUCUGGUCACUGAGCCUUCUGUUGUCAAACUUAGGUUGGAGACGUCACAUGGUGAUCUGGUCACUGAGCCUUCUGUUGUCAUACUGAGGCUAGAGACGUCACAUGGUAUUCUGGUCACUGAGCCUUCUGUUGUCACACUGAGGCUGGAGACGUCACAUGGUGAUCUGGUCAGAGAGCCUUCUGUUGUCAAACUGAGGCUGGAGACGUCACAUGGUGAUCUGGUCACUGAGCCUUCUGUUGUCAUACUGAGGCUGGAGACGUCACAUGGUGAUCUGGUCGCUGAGGCUUCUGUUGUCAAACUGAGGCUGGAGACGUCACAUGGUGAUCUGGUCAGAGAGCCUUCUGUUGUCAAACUGAGGCUGGAGACGUCACAUGGUGAUCUGGUCACUGAGCCUUCUGUUGUCAUACUGAGGCUGGAGACGUCACAUGGUGAUCUGGUCGCUGAGGCUUCUGUUGUCGUACUGAGGCUGGAGACGUCACAUGGUGAUCUGGUCGGUGAGCCUUCUGUUGCCAUACUGAGGCUGGAGACGUCACAUGGUGAUCUGGUCGGUUAG